CUCGACCCACAUCUGAAACGAUCACCACCAUGGAUUCCUUAUCAGAUCGUCUGCACGAUCCUCUUCUGUUCCUGAAUACAGACAAGAGUGAUCUGGAUGCCUUUCUCAUGAGCACCAGUGCUGACAUGGCUAACAUGUCGGAGGAUAUGCAUGUGAAUGUUUCCGAUAUAAAAAUGGACAACAGUUUAGACCUGGAUGGCUUAGAAAGUGGUGGACACCUGGGCGAUAUGAGCUGGCUUCACAACUCAUCCUUGUCUACCUUAGCACACCUGGACAGCGACGAUACCUCUGAUGGUUCAAACUUAAUCUCAGUGAACCCUCAGUCUGUUUAUCCCAUUCAUGUCGUACAGAAUCUACGAACACAGCAUUUCCUCUCAUCUGAAAAUGCAAACAGUGCAGCAAUCCGACUACACACAAACUGUGGCAAUCAUCUAAAUUCUUCAGAGUCUGCAUCCCAUUCCACUCAACAACAGGUCCAAGUGUCUACGCCUCAAGCUGUUCUCAGUCAAGAUCAUCAAACAAUCCGUAUUAUGUCUGUACAGAGCAAGCCGCUCAACUCACCAGCCAAAGCUCACAAUUUUCUGAUAACUUCAUCCAGGGACUCAUCGCACAAAGCACCUCAGACUUUCCUUCUUAGCACAGUGGAUGGUAGCUUUCCAGCAGGACUUACAAUCUCCUCGGCCGACUUGCCUGUUCAUUUCACGUCUGCUGGUUCGCAUAUUGUGUUGUCAUCCCCACAGAAGCUUCCCGUUGCAAAAACAGACACUAGUAGUGAGGUUCUUGCCAAAUCUGGUCACAGUCUAAUUUCCCCAUCUCAGGCUUCACCAGUUUUGCUUGGCCGACUUCAGACUGGAGUCCAGCCUCAGGUAUACCAAAAAGUUGGUAUAAAACCCACGGUGGCGUCCUCAACUGUACAGCUCCAGCAGUCGGAGUUGACCACAGUGAGCUCAACAACCAACAACGAGGAGAAAGUCUACCCCAAACCUGUCUUCUCUUACAGCUGCCUGAUAGCACUAGCAUUGAAGAACAGUAAAAAUGGGAGCUUGCCUGUCAGUGAGAUUUAUAGUUUUAUGUGUGAGAAUUUUCCAUAUUUCAAGACAGCUCCUGAUGGCUGGAAGAACUCUGUGCGUCACAAUUUGUCCCUCAACAAAUGCUUUGCCAAAGUUGAUAACCCCAAGCUGACCCAAGGAGCAAAGAAAGGUUGCUUGUGGGCAUUGAACCCCACAAAGGUUACCAAAAUGGAUGACGAAAUCAGUAAAUGGAGCAAGAAGGAUCCUGUGGGACUGCUUACUAGCAUGGCAUAUCCUGAGAACCUGGAAGCCAUAGAAAAAGGACAGGCUGGCCUUCAUUAUUCCAAGAAAAAAUCUCCAGACAGUACGCCGUGCACACCAAUCAAAACUGAGCCUUUUAAAACGGAGUUCACCUUGGACCAGAAGCCAGAGUUUUCCCAGAUUCGAUUAGAGAAACACAACUCCAACAUUCCAUUUGAGAAAGUUGAGCUGAAACAUCCUGUCAAGGUUGAGCCUCUGGAGCUAGAGUACUCUCUGAACCAGCGGGGUAACUCACCGGUUAUAAAACAAGAGUUACCUUCCCCAUCUCCUAAAGAUUAUGCCAUUUUUAAAAUUGAACCUAGCGACUACAGCUGCUCGGACAUUCCCGUGUCUUUCAGCAACGAUGCUCUCACAGACAUUGUUCUACAGAAUUCGGUGUGGGAUGAUGACCUGGAAAACAACAUAGACAUUGAUCUCAUCUGUGAUUCGUCAUCUUCCCAUCUUCCAUCUCCUACGACCAGCUCCCCUGUGAUGUUUCGCUCGUCACCGAACCCGUCAUUGCCACGCAGCUUAA